GUUUUUAAAGGGUUUUAUGAAAAAAUAUGGGCCUAUAUACGAAACAGAGAAAGCAAUCACUGAUACAUUUGAACAAGGGUUUAGGGUUCUUCAUACGCCUCUGUCAAGAUUACUAAAUGGCUAUAAAAAAGCCCACUUCCAAGUUGUUGGAGACAUUACCAGAAGAUCUUGAUAUGGAACCAUCUGAAUCUGAUCCCGAAACAGAAUCAGAAGCGGGUUCAGAAUCUGAAUCGGAAGGGGACGAGGAUGUAAAAUUAGCAGAGCCGUCAAAAACCGCCGUAUACAACAAAGAAGCCAUACUUGAUAAACUCGGAGACAUCAGUUGGCCCGAGGAUGUUGAUUGGAUGCAUAAACUUUCACUCGAUAUUGACCAAGAACAAGAAGUAGACGUCAACGAUGACUUGGCACGUGAGCUUGCUUUCUACACGCAAGCAUUAGAAGGCACCCGUCAAGCUUUCGUCAAAUUCCAAACCACAGGCCUCCCAUUUCUCCGGCCCGAUGAUUACUAUGCCGAAAUGGUGAAAACCGACACCCACAUGGAGAAAAUCAAGGGCCGACUUUUAUCCGAAAAGAGAAGAAUCGAAGAAGCUGAAGAACGAAGAAAGGCCCGAGAGAACAAGAAGAAAGCGAAAGAAGUGCAAGCCGAGAAACAAAAGGAACGGACCAAACAGAAGAAAGACGAGAUAGAGUCCGUUAAGAAAUGGAGGAAACAGCGGCAGCAAAGCGGGUUUGCGGGUGGUGAAAAAGACAGUGACAUGGGUUUAUCGUUUGAAAAAGGGAAAGAGUCAGAUACAUCUAAGAAGAACAAACGGGCUGGGGUCUCACCGUGGGACCGGUCUGGUGGAAAAGCGAAACAAAGUGGUGGGAAAGACCGAAAAGGCGGGGGUGGUAAGAGGAAAAGCAGAGAGUUUCGGGAUUCGAAGUAUGGGUUUGGAGGAAAGAAAGGUAUGAAAAAACAGAAUACAGCUGAAAGCGCUAAUGAAUUUAAAGGGUUUAACAAAGGCGAUUCUUUCCAGAACAAGAAACGAAAGAAGUGAUCGUCGUAAGAUCAUCAGUUUUGGUUCUUUCAGGUCAGAUUGUUGUUUUUAUUGAAUAUCCUAAGUUUCAAACCAACAUUUGUUUUCAUUCCUGUUGCUUUAGUUUUAGUAUCAUGUAUGUUUUGAGCUUCCAAAUAUUGACAUAUCUCCCUAUUACAAGUCCUGUUUUACUGCAAUGUUUUUUUAGUUAUUCUA